GGUCCCUUUCGCUCUUCCUUCACGACGGGAUCUCUCAGUCUCAGACCAUCUCCUUCAUCUUGCUGCUACGCCGGAAUCUCUCCGAUCAUCUCCUCAGUCUUGCUGCCGCGCCUGAAUUUCUCCGAUCAUAUAUCCGUCACGCGCUCUCUUUUACCGGUAAGCUCCUCGCGAUUUUCAUUUGUUCUCCGUUUUUGUGAUCUUUGCUUCUAUUUUAUACAGGAACGGAUUGAAUUUUCAUUUUUCAACUUGAAAAAUAGCUCUAAAUCGGCCAAUUUCACUCUCCUCCGAUCUCUCUUCUCCGCGCAGGAAUCUCCCCAAUUAUCUCCUCCGACUCACUACGGCACUGGAGUCUCGUCAAUCAUAUCCUCCUUAUUGCUCUGUCUUCUCCGGAUUCCCAUCCAAUGACAAGCUUUCGGGUGGCUAACGUUUUGAUUAUGUUUCGGUUGUUAUGCGGCCUCCGAGACAUGGCGGAGGUCGAUAGACAUAUGAGAAUCCUUUUUCUUGAUCAGCAUCGUAUGAGAUGUCAGUUGUUUUUCCCAAACGGUACUCCAGUAGAUGUUGACAUUGCUGGAUAUACGUUAGAUGAAGAUCUUCCAGUUGGAUCAACACAACUUUUCAGUGUUCAAGCGUUUUUAAGCUGGAUUCAAACGGCUAUAGAAUUAGGCUGGGGACUGAUGAGCAUCAUAAUAGAGUUCAACCCCAAUGCUGACGAGAUGAUUAUCAUCCCACCAACUACCGGGCAAUCCAGACUACGCCUCCAAACUGAUACCUUUCCCGUGGACGACCUUGUUGUAGCGUUCGAUGAAGGCCUCGGAAUAGACCCUCGCUUUGGUAUACUACCACAGAGACUCUUGUACGUUCUUCAUAGGAUCAGUAACAUAGAAGAGAGAUCCACAGGUGAGUCAGAUAUGGGUUCUAAGAAUGAAGAGAGAUCCACAGACACAGGGAGGGAGGUGGAGAUACUGCUUUUAGCCAGUCACAAUCUCAUUCUGUUCCGACUCGGAGAUAUGUCGUUUCCACUACACACAGGACAAGGUACUCUUGAGGUCCCAACCUUCCAGAUAUCUGCUCCUCAUACUCAAUGGACACAGAACUUUAGGAUAUCGCGUAACACUCUCGGGCUAUCAAGAGGGAAAGAAUGGUGGAAGCAUGUACCUACAUUACCACUUGAUUCUGAUUGAUUGUUUUUUUGUACAUUGAGUUUACAUUACCCAAUUCAUGGUAGACAAUAGGUAUCUUCAAGUUAGCUUGAGGGGGGAAAGAUGGUGUAUGCAUAUACUUACAUUACCAGUCUUGAUUGAUUCUCUUCUGAUUCUCUUGUAUAUGGAGAGCAUAUUACCCAUUAGAUGUUGACUGCAUUUGUCAUAGGCAAGGUAGGUUGACUGCAAAAGCAGGAACAGACCAAGAAAUGAAUGCUAGAUAA